AUGAGUAAUCGAAAGUCAUAUGGAAAAAAGUAAAGUAGAAUAUCAUUAGGCGAGAUUGAUGAAAUGUUUAAUGAUGCUGAAUUCUGUUAAGCAAUUAAGGAUACAUUUAAGAAAUAAUCUAGUACUGUUCGUCAUGAUGGACCAUCUUAGACAACAAAUAUGUUUUAUUAGAAACCAACAAUAUCUUAGAUUAUAAGAUUGAAAGCAAAAGAAUCUAAUACAGUAACACGAUGUCCUUCAUUAAAGAAAGAAGAACGUAAGACUAGAUGGGCUAGUUUAAUUAAUGAAGGUAGAACAGAACAUCAUAAGAGAUUACCAUCUGAUCUAGAGAAUCUUCCAAUAUGUGAUUAAUAUGAAUAGUAUAGUUAUCUAUCUAGAGAACAUGAAUCAUUGAUUUAAAAUUUAAGUGAAUUACCUCAAUCUAUUAAAAUGAUGCUUUAUUCUAAUAUGUAUGAAGUUUAAAGAGCCAAAAUGUGUGAACAAAAAAACAUCCUAGAUGAUAAAUUCAUAUUUACACUUUUUAAUACUCUACUAUAAUUAGAUAAAUUAAUUAUUGAACCCUUACAUUAAUAAACUAGACCUGUGCUUAAUUUUAAAAUGCAUUUUGUUUAAAAUGCAGUUAAUAUAGUCUCUGAAACUAUUGUAUAGAGUGUACGAGAAGCAUUAAGACAUGAUACAAGAUUAGGAAUAUUUUUAGAAGGUUAUUCUAAAUUUUGGAUGGUUUUAAUAGAUAUCUAAUUGUAAUGGAUGGGAAAAAGUUGUGCUGAUUAUAUUGAAGCUUAAGUCAAAGAAUUUAAAGAACAAUUUAAAGAAGCUGUGGCUUAAAAAAAUAAAGUAGAAGAUUAAAUGAUCUAAAUGGAUAAAGAAUUCAAAGCUAUGGAAGCAUAAUACAUUCGUAAACAUGAAUACUUAUAAUAACAGUUAUUAUCUGUUUAAUAAGAAUUUCAAGAUUAUAUGGUAGCAGUUCAAUAAAUGAGUGAUCUUAGAAUUGCAGAAGAAAGAAUGAAUUCAGUUGGUUUAAAAGCUUUAGAAUUGGAAAGCAUAUUCAAACAAUAUGAUAAAGUAGCAUCUUAACAUUCUCUUGUGUUUCAGAAAGACAUUAAAGAAUUGGGAAGUGCUUUAGUUCAAUAAAAGAAAUAGAAUUAACCUCUACCAAUGAGACAUUAAGAAGCAUAAAUACGAUUAGGAUGUCCUAAAUUAUAAGAAGAGAAUUAUUAAUCGCAUUAAUUAAAUUCUAUAGGUAUUUUUAUGUAAGUUCAUCCAUUUUAAAUUCUGUUUGAAAUUAAUAAAGAAUUAGAAAUGGAUUACCCAAUUCUAUUAAAUAAUUUCCUUGAUUACUUGACUCAGAUUGGAGAUAUCGUUUCUAAUGUUUGUAAAAUAUUUAUAGAUUGGGUUGGAGACGAAGAUAAACUAAAUGCUAUUCUAACAUAUUUUAGUGAAUGUGAUCUCGAUUAAGCAAUAAAUUAAUUGUAUGCUAUUAUAUUUGGAAUUCGAGAACAUCGUUAAUUAAGUUCUGUUUCUCUUUAAAGAUUAUUAAAAUAUUAUAAAGACAUGUAAGAUUAACAUGAUUAUCAAUUAAAUGAAUAUUUUACAAUAAAGGAAGCAUCUCCUUAUUUUUAAUUGUUAUUUCCAGAAGAAUUCAAUGAAAAAAUUACUAAUAGUUAAAAAUAAUAGAUGACAUUAUUGGAACUAUUGUUAAUGUUAGCGUAACAUUUUUAGAUGAUAGAAAAUAAAUAAUGGGCAGGAUGGUUAUAUAAAUAAGAAAUUGAUUCUGAAGAUUUGGAUAUGAAUGUGGUACUGUAUUAUUAUUAUAAUUAUAAUUUAGAUCAAAUAAUUCAUUGAGUUACGUAACCAACUUAAUAGACCACUUGAAGAUACCAUCAAAUAAGUGAGAUAAUUAUCUUUACUACAUCCUGGUUUAUUUUAUAAGAGUAAAUAAGCUCCAUUAGAAAGAAUGAAAGCAUCUGUACGUAAAGUGCAACGAAAAAAUUCACAAAGAUCUCCUCUCAAGAGAUCAAGUACUUUGAUUAAAGCUAUAAGUAUAAAAAAGUGA